GACAUUCGAAGAUGGAAACGACUCCAGAUUACCAUUACAGAUAUAAUCGAUUUUUUCUCACUUCGAUUGGGCAAUGGCCCUAUCUGAGUCCCAUUUAUAAAGUAUCUAAUCUCAUCUUAACUAUUUUUUUUAUUGGUUCCCUAGGAUAUCUCCAGAUUGGUGGAAUGAUAACAGCAUGGAUUGACGUUCCAGUUUUUUUAGAAUCUGUACCUCCAACUUUAAUUGAUUUGAUGUGUUAUGUGAAAUUGGCAAAUUUUAUAUACAAUGCUGAUAAGAUGAAAAAACUCUUAGAUUUAAUUUAUGAUGACUGGAAUACCUUCAAUGAUAAAAAAGAAAGAGAAAUUUUAAAUGAAUGGGCAGAGAAUAGCAAAAAAAAUACAAUUUUUUAUGCAGGUGCUCUUUAUGGAUCUAUGGCGGUAUUCAUGUUAGGGCCUUUACUACCUAUGUUUAUGAAGCUAAUGCCAGAAGGAUUGUUACCACUUGAUGCUAAUUUUACAGAGACUAAGUUAUUAAUGUUCAAUGUUAAAUACAUAGUGGACACCGAAAAGUACUAUUAUUCAUUAUUAAUACACUCCUAUUUUGGUGCAUUGGGAUAUCUUACCGUUGCCGUUGCUAUAGACUCGAUGUUCAUGGUUUAUGUACAACAUGCCUGUGCUGUUUUCUGUAUUAUUGGAUAUCGAUUAAAACAACUGGUCGAUAAUGAUAACGUGGAUAUUAAUUUCUAUCCAUCAAUCCAAAAUGACAAAUCAUACCAUCGAAUUGUUGAAUGUAUUGUCACUCAUACCAAAGUUCUUCAAUAUGCACAACUUAUUGAGUCUGCCAACUCCCUUUCAUUUCUAUUUCAACUUGGUCUCAACAUGGUUUGCAUAAGCUUUACAGGUUUUCAGGCAUCUACAAAAUUGGAUCGGCCCGAAGAAGCAGUGAGGUUUGCAAGUUUUACAGUUACUCAAUUAUUUCACCUGUUCUUUGAAAGCUGGCCAUCGCAACGACUAGCUGAUGAAAGCAUUCGAAUUAGUGAAUACUUAACCGAAUCUCACUGGUAUUUAACUUCUAUCAAAUCGAGAAAACUGCUUCAAAUUUUCAUACUUAAAACCACUCAACCUUGUGUGCUAACUGCAGGCAGCUUAUACAUUUUAAACCUAGAAAAUUUCAGCGCGGUGGUACGUACAUCAAUGUCAUACUUCACGGUCUUAUGUUCAAUGCAGUAAACUAGUGAUUAUGAUUUUAAUGUCAUACUCAUCUACUUAUUGAUAUUGAAUUUUCAUAAUAUAAAAUUCGAUUAUUAGC